AUGAGAAAACAAGAAGUGACCUUCUUGGAUCUGAGAUUUCACACUUCUACAUUGCAAGAGGGGCAAAUGCCAACAAUCACAGAGAACAGAGGAUCUUAUUCUCCAUCACUGCCAUGGCGGCUCAUUGCAGUGACUCUUGGGAUCUUCUGCCUGGCUUUGCUAGCAACUGUAGGGACCUUGGCAGCCCUUGCUCUUCAGGCUUCCCAUGAAGCAAGAAAAUAUAAAGAAAAACUUAUCAAGCAUGAGGAAGUGUCCAAGAACCUCACUCAACUGCAGGAAACCCUGAAAAACUGCACAAAGCAAAGGGAUGAUUUCCAAGCCCGGACCCACAAGCUCUCUGAUGAAGUUAAAAGGAAAGGUAAAUUAUGCAACCGUUGCCCAGAGGGCUGGAUACUGCAUGAAGAGAUGUGUUAUCUUUUUAGCAAUAAAGAGAAGACAUGGCAUGAUAGCAAACAGUGCUGCUCCAGUCAGAACUCCAGGCUGCUGAGCAUAAACAAGAAAGAGCUGGAUUUCAUAACAUCGCUUCAGUGCUUUCACUGGAUUGGACUGUCCCGCAGGGAUGCUACUACCCAGCUAUACUGGGAGGAUGGCACAGCUUAUGCCACUGACUGGUUUCAAGAGAAAACACCUGUAUCUGGAGAAGAGUCCUGUGCACUCUUCAAUCGAAGAAUCAACUUCCUAUACAAAUGCACAGAGUUGGCUCGCUAUAUUUGUGAGAAAAUGGCUGUUCAAUGA